AGGAGAGGCCACAGUCAUUCGUUGUUAUUGUCAAUCCCGGUGAGAAUCUCAGUUUCAGGGCUUUCGUUCACCUUCGUGAUAACUAUUUGGUAGUCAGAUCGGAUUUUCUUCUUGCCUUCAAAUAAGAAUGCCAGUUCAAAACAACAUGCCACCGCCAGCGGGUUACGGACUGGGGAACGCCAUCUGUGCGGUUUGUCAAGAGAGUUUUGGGGUUGACGAGCGAAUGGUAAAUUCCAAUGGUCAAAUUCUACACGAGCGCUGUUUUGUGUAAGUCAUUAAUUUCUGUGAAGUUAAGAUAAAUAAUUAAUUGACACUGUUGCCUUUGUGAAAUUUCUCUUAUUUUCUCGAAAGACGACGUGAUACUUACAACAGACAAUUUUAAUCCACGGGCGUCUGCCUGACCUAGAGAGAUAACUGCUUCAAUUUAAUCGAAUUCAGUUUUUAGUUCCGAAAUCUCUUUUAUAGAUAAGGUUUGACUUUCAAGCCAUUUUAGUGUUAAUGACCCUUAAUUUUUCGGAGAGAAAUUUUGUAAAUCAGUAUAAAUCAUUUUCUCGAACUAGUUUGUGUUAGAUUUGUUGGUUCAUUUAGUCUGAAGGCUGCCUUAAAAAAUUACAGGAAUUUACCCCACCUUUAUUCGCGAUCGGAAGUCAUGUCUGCCCAAAAAUUAGGUGUGAAUUCAAGGGGAAGGAAAUUAAAAAUUGCCGGGUUGAAUACUCAAUCAGUGUUACCUCAUUUGUUGUACAAUAAUUCUAAUCUCAGUGGGUAUUCAGUUUGGUGUUUGACAUUAAUUCUACACAGUCGAGUAGUCACUCUGAAAUUCUAAAAACUACCUUUUCUUGAAUACAUUUGAAUGUUUUUGUUGUUGUUGUUGUUGUUGUCAUUUUUUAGGCCAGGUAAAUUUUAUUUGUAUGCUGUUCCUUGGUUGGGCCCUAAACAGUGUACAAACACCUCCAAAUUUGAUCACAGGCAUACUGCGCUCAUGUCUUGAGAAAAAGCACAAGAGUAAUUCAUGACAGCCUCAUGUGCUGUGUGACGCAGUGUUAAAGGAUUUAAAUUCUCAACAGAGGAACUGUUGUGAAUUUGAAUGUGUUAUAAGGAAUAGUAUGAGGAAAGAAAUAUGGUGGAUUUACAACAUUAAUUAUUCCCAAAUAUGAACAUUUUACAUGCAAGAUUUAUAAUACUUACUCACUCCUUGUGUGUCCAUUGUGGUUUCUGGCAUUCUGUGCUGUUUUAAGCUUACUUUGCCAUCACUGUUAUUCCUGCUAUGAGAUGAAGCCAAGGCUGCACACUAUGAUUUUGACCAUUGUUCACACAGAGGCAGUUUGCACCCUGAAAAUCCUUCAAAUUGGCAAUUUUUCCAUCCAAAGUUUAAAAUCUCUGAUCACUGCAACAUGGAAAAUGACUCUAUUCUAAAAUUCCCUGUGCAUUAUACUUAAAACAAGUGUUUCCCACCAGCAUUUCCAAUUCUGCCUCUUUCUGCCUAUUCUUUUGAUGUCAAGAGUGAACAUGGCUGUGGAAGAAGCUCAGGUCCAAGGUGAAUUUUAUCUAGAACAGAGGAGGUACUCUCAGUUUAUGCACCUUACUUACCUUGUGAUAUAUGGACACGAAACUGGUUGUACAUGCCUGGGUGAGAGAAAAUUGCAGAUUGGAAGGAUUCUCUUGGUGCAAACCUCCAUUUGAACAAUGGUCACAAUCGUAGUGUGCAACCUAUUAGUUGUUUGCUUUUUCUUGAGAUGUGAGCUCAGGAUACCUGUGAUUUGACAAUUAUGAACUGUCAGACUAACUUAAGUAUAUUAAUAUGAUACUUAGAGUCAAUUAAGAAUAUGCUUUUUUCCCUCUCUUUCAUUGCAUGCACUCAUUUAGGACUUGGUGUAAGAUUUAAAACAUGUUUUAAAGCCAUGCAUUAUGUUUUACAUGCAUAUAGUUUUAAAUGAUCAGUUUCAUGUCCAAUUUUGUGCAAGUGGCUAGCAAUUUGAAAACAAAUUCACUUGUGGUGACCAUGGUAAAGAUAAAAUUGAAGUAUGAAUUUCUCAGUCUUUAACAAAUAAGAUAGCCACAUGGAUAAGUUACCCAAAAUGUGUGUUCUACACAUUUUAUACUAAAGCAAAAGUAGGAUUAAUGUUACUUUGUGAAUGGAAAUGGUUGACUUGAUUGCAUACAAAGUAAUAUGCGGAUGUAUGCGCCUUCCAAGGCAGCACGAGGUCUCAUCUGCUUCUGUAAUUUUUGAAUUUUAUUGCCUUAAAUGUUAUAUCUGCUGCCGCAAAAUGGUCCAGGUUCGCCCCUCUUUUGGUUUUCUUCGAUUUCAUGGUGGGAAAUGGCCAUCUUAUCGCGGUACCAGAGCUGGACGACAAGUGAAGGAGCGAGAAGUUUAUCGUCACCGCCAUAUUGCAGUUAUUUCACCAAGGUCAGCCAACCAUGGCCCCUACCGUUUGAAGUCCAGUCACAAAUACUGUAAUAACGCCAACCUUCUCGCUAUUCCACCUACACCAUCUAAAGCCAAACCUGCAAAGUCAUCAAAGCUAUUCAUGCCGUCGUUCUUUCUCUCCAACGUCAUGUCACUGGCGCCGAAAAUAGAUGAAGUCCGUGAAGUCGUCCAUUAUGCAGAUUUCGACCUUGUAUGCAUAACAGAGACUUGGCUCAAAGACCACAUUGACAAUAAUAUUGUCGCUAUUUCUGGCUAUAACGUGAUCCGCCGAGAUCGAACUGAAGCAGUGCAUGGGGGAGUGUGUCUGUACAUUAAAGAGUCUAUCCAAUUCAAGAUCAUUGAGGACAUUAUGGAUAGGAAGUUUGAAGUUGUUUGGACUCAAAUACGGCCUUCAAGCGUCUCCCAAGGGGCAUUACCAGCAUUAUUGUUGGAGUUGUUUAUCAUUCUCCGAAAGCGCCGAUGGAUUCGCCUAUGCUGGAUUAUUUGAAUAACUGUUUAUCUUUGGUUGAGGCUCGCUUUCCUGGCUGCGGGAUAAUUUUACUUGGUGACUUCAAUAAAACUCUGUUAAAGAAAUCUUGGCGCCUUUAGUAACGGCUUUAAUUUGAAGCAAAUCGUUACCUUUCCAACUCGCGGCAGAAAUACCUUAGAUCCGGUGUUAACAAAUGUGAAGGAGUUCUAUGCCCCUCCGAUCCAGCGCCCUGCUCUCGGUUUGUCCGAUCAUUUCUCUGUGGAAGUUCAGCCGCCGUAUGCGUUCCCAACAACCAAGAACUAAACUUAUCGUGAAAUCGAGGGACUUACGGCCUACAACGCGUAUGGCUAUGUGCACGUAUCUUGGAAAUGUGGACGUUAAGACACUUAUCGAUAGUAAAGAUUCUUGCAAGGGCAAAGUGGAAAUGCUGGAGACCAUAGUUAAGACCGGAAUGGACAUUCUCCUUCCCCUGAAGUCUAAGUCGGUACAAACCAACGAGCCGCCCUGGGUCAAUCAACAAUUGAAGGGUCUCAUUCACAGCCGCCAAAAGGCCCUCGCUCAGGGCAACCAGGAGCAGUACCGCUCCCUACGAAAUCGCGUUAAUCGUGAGAGGAAAGCAUGCCGUGCAAAGUUCUAUAACUCCAAGGUUGAACAUCUGAAGGACUGUAAACCCGCAGUUUGGUGGCGUGAGGUAAAGAAGCUCAGUGGUACGUCAGACGCAGCUUCUAGAGGCGUUAAUCCAGCUACCCUCUACCAACAUAUUGAUUGUGGUCAGGGAGGUUCGCCUCCAAGCACGAUAGACAUUGCUAACACCAUCAACCAGGCGUUCUUGGCUCCUAUGCGCGUCUUCACCCCCUUUUCACCUAACACCUCAACCAACUCUGACCAGGAGAGUGCUUUCCAGGUAUCAGAAUUCUCUGUUUUAAAGAAGCUAUCCGCCUUAAAUCCAACUAAGGCAACCGGUCCGGACGGAAUCCCCGGUUGGCUUCUUAAAGAGAAUGCAGAUUUACUAGCACUGCCUGUGACUGAUAUCCUUAACUGUUCGUUUAAGGAAGCACGGUUGCUUCAGUCUUGGAAGGACGCUAACAUCACUCCAGUACCAAAGCAGAAUCCAAUACAUGAUGUAAACAAACAUCUACGUCCAAUAUCCCUAACUCCCGUGCUUUCUAAGGUUGCUGAAGAUUUCGUCGUGGAGAGUUUCCUCAAGCCUGUUGUGUUGGCGAAAGUGGAUGUACGGCAGUUUGGGACUGUGCCAGGUUCCAGUACGACACAAGCACUAAUAAGCAUGGUCCACUCAUGGCUUAGUGCUACGGAUGGGAACGGUGCAACUGUCAGAACCAUCCUCUUUGACUUCUGCAAGGCGUUUGACCUUAUUGACCAUCAGAUCCUAGUUCAGAAGCUCAUUUCAUACGAUCUUCCAAGCGGAAUAAUUGACUGGAUAGUGGACUUUCUGUCCUGUCGCCGACAGCGUGUUAAACUUAGUCAGGACUGUUACUCGGAGUGGGGGCCAUCCCAUCAGGGGUCCCACAGGGCACAAAACUUGGCCCCUGGUUAUUUACUAUUAUGAUAAACGACCUCAUCAUCCCGGUACAGACAUGUGGAAAUAUGUCGAUGACUCCACUAUUUCUGAAACAGUCAUGAAGUCUGAGGUCAGCAAAGUCCAACAAGCGGUUGACGAACUCGCGACGCAAGCUUCUGCUGACAAGUUCCAAUUAAAUGAAACCAAGUGCAAGGAACUGCGCAUAACAUUCAGUCACUCUAGAAAGAACUUUGAUCCAAUUAAGGUUAAUGAUCAGGACUUAGAGUGUGUAGAGCAAGCAAAGAUCUUAGGUUUGCAGAUAUCUUGCGAUCUUACGUGGAAUAAUCACGUAUCCGAAGUUGUAAAGAAAGUAAACAAGCGCCUGUAUUUUUUUGCGCCAGCUUAAGCGUGCACAGGUCAAGUCGGAGGAGCUUUUUGCUCUUCUAUUUGACUUGUAUUAGGCCUGUCACUGAAUAUGCAUGCCCUGUUUAUCAUCAUAGCCUCCCGCAAUACCUUUCAGUAGAUCUUGAGAGAUGUCAAAGGCGAGCUCUACGUAUUAUCUAUCCAGAUUGUUCGUACAAUGAGGCGCUUCUUUUGACUGGUCUAGUUCCCUUACACAACCGCCGUGAGUUCUUAUGUGAUAAGCUUUUUAAUUCCAUCCUGUCUAAUCCCUCACACAAGCUCUAUAGCUUACUACCUCCCAAGAAUGAGUGCGAAGUCAAUUUAAGGAGUCAGCACUCUUUUACUACACGGCGCCUCCACACCAUUCGUACUCGAAAUAGUUUUAUCCAUCACUAUGUCCAUAAAGCAAUGAUGUAAUAUUGUUUUUCUCUUAAUUAUAUAUUUUUGUCUUUUUAAUUAGUUCUUCUUAGCCAUGUAUUUUUUGUAGUAUAUAUUUUAUUGUAAAUCAAACGUAAUUCAGCCUAUGGCUGCAAGGUUCUUGAUAAUAAACUAUCUAUCUAUCUAAUAUUAUUUCAGAAACAGUUAAAAUCAGGGUUUGCUAGCUUUGUUUAAUGUGACCUUUCACUUUUUGCUUUGUUUUACUAGUUGUGUGCAAUGCUUCCAGCCAUUUCCCGAUGGCUUGUUUUAUGAGGCAAGUUGAUGCUUGUUUUUGUUUUAUUUAAGAGAAUUUAUACACCCUGGCCUAAAAUAGAAACUUGAAAAAUAUAUGACUGCUUUCAUGUUAACCCUUUGAUGUUAUCAUCUAAUUUCUCCUUACAAUAUCACCUCUGGAUCAAACAUUAAGGUCAUGAGAAUAAAGGAAAUGAUCAGCAACUAAAGAUACUCUUGAUUUGUUUGUCUGCACCCCAGGAAAUGGAUAGAGAACAGUAUGAAAAAUAUGCAUGCUGAUUUUUGGGUGGAAAGGGGUAAAGAAGCUUAUCAGGUGUUAAAAACACAACAUGCAUUCUCAACAUCCAGCCAUGUAGGAUUGACAAUUUGGCAUGUUGAGGCAAUUUUUAAUGGUUGUUGGCCAAAAAGGAAGAAUUACAGUUCACCUUAAGCCACUAGGCUUUCUGUAACCUGUACUUAGACCCUCAGUUCAUGUAUAAAUUUAAUGUUGUCAGUCAGAAGAGAAUUAACUCUUUCUGAAAUCUCAUGAGCUAUGCUUUGUAUUUUUAGUAUGAUGAGCGAAGAUAUUGCGAGGAAGACUUCCAGACUUUGUUUGCUCCUUGUUGCAAACAGUGUGGUAAGUGUGCCUAAUGUUUGCUGAACAGCUUUUUUUUUAUCUAAGGACCAUCCCAAUUACACAAGUCUGCACACAGUCACAAAGUGGCCUAUACUACCAGAAUUGCAUUGUCUAGAGCAUGAAGUAUAGCUGCUGCUUCUAGAGAAGAUACUUAUCAAAAUCUUGUCACUCUGAGAAUUUUGUUGAGUGGGAGACACAUUGGCCACACAGUUAAUCCUUUUACUCCCAGAUCAAAUUGUAAUUCUCCUUACUAUCAAUCAUACAAUUCCUAUAAUGUUAGUUCAGAGAAUUUAGUAUUGGAUUAACAAAUUAUCCCCAAAUUAAUAUUUUUCUUUAUUUUCAUCACUUAUCUGGUUGAUAUUGUACCAAUAUUGUGAUGAAAAUAUUCUGUCUUGGAGUGAAAGGGUUAGUGCACAGGACUCAAGGUUGAGAGGUCUAAAUUCAUGAAAACUGAAGGUAAACUAUGAACCUGGAUACUCCCGAGAGUUUCCAACUUUUUAAUGACCCAUAUUCAAAGUACACCAUCAAGUAAGAAAACAGCAAGAUUGAAAAAGAUUUCCAAUUUGAUGAUAAUGUCUGGAUUUAAAACCAAAUUCUCAAAAAUAUUCUUCAAAGCUAGGUAUUUUUAUCAGUCUGGAGAGUCUAGCUUUCACAUCGCAGAGGUGAUGGGGUGAAAUUUUUUAAGACUCAGUUACUGAACACCCUAACAUUUAGAUUUCCCUUGUAGGUAAAUUUGUGGUUGGGCGUGUUAUUAAGGCUAUGCAAGCUAACUGGCAUCCUGAUUGCUUCCGUUGUGAAAUCUGUAAUGAUGGACUGGCAGACUCUGGGUUUGUCAAAAACGCAGGCAGGUGAGUUUAAAGAAUGCAAAUAUUUCUCACACAUAAAUUUAAUCUUUCAAUUCCCAGAAGUGAUAACAAUUGACUUCUCUCUGAUAAUAUCCACACACUGUUCAGCAAACAGGUACUGAGAAUACUCAAACUUAUCAGGUAAAAGUUGUCAUCAUGGUCUAAUACCAAGUUCUUGUAAGUAAUUUUCAAGGGGAGAAUUAACAAUCAGAUCUCAGGAAUUUGAGGGGUGUAUGGAAAAAGAGGUGUAAAAAAGGUAAAAUUCAUUAGUAAAGAUGGUAAAAAAAAAAUUGUAAAUUAUUUUAAUCAAAAAAUUCCUUUUCAUGGUAUUUACAAGAUACUGUGAAUGAAAACCAUUUUUUUUUGGUGCAUGUUAAUUCAAGGAAGUGUGGCCAAAAUCAACCAAAUGAAAACAAGUAGAGGAGGGUGUUUGUCAUAUCAAAACAAGUCCGAAAGCCACAAAGUAGCUCUAUCAUGCAAAAAAAGAAAAUUACGUCAAGAUGGGAUACAUGCCCUAUUGAAUGAAAGCCUAAGAAUUUAGAUGUUAAAAAUGUUUGUCUCUUAGCUUUCAGUGUGAUAAGUCUUAAACACCUCUUUCAGAUAUCAACCCUUAACACCCCAAUAUCAGUAUGCAAGUUCUCCAUGCUGUUCUCUAUUCAUUUCUUAUAGUAUUUACAAUGAGAAUUUGUCAAACAAUCAAGAGCUUCUUUGAGUUUGCAAUCAUUUCAUGUAUUCUCAUGACCUUAAUUUCUGAUUCAGGGGUGAGACUGUUGGGAGAAAUACCAGUAGGGGGGGUUAAAGAGGUAAAUUUUUCAAUUUACAUCAAGCCAAUACUAUUUCCUGUACUCUAGGGCACUGUGCAAGAAAUGCAAUGCAGAUGAAAAGACUAAAAGUAAGAAAAUACUUAUAAUGGUGUGUUAUAAUGGUGUGCAUGUUUUUUGGCCUUCCUUGAGAAUUUAAAGAAAACUUUGUUUGCAGGGUAUUAUACCAAGUACUUUGCCAUUUUUUACCCUUGAAGAAUAAUUGUAAUGAAAAUUGUUAUGUAUGUUUAACUAAUUUUUUUAUUUCAUUGACAUUUCUUUUAUUAUAACUUACUUAUAAAGUGAAAAAAAAAAUUGUUUUCUCCAGAAACGGGACGAUACGUGUGCCGCAAGUGUCAGUAAGUAUACAGUGAAUUGUUGAUGGUUUGUUCAUCCACUCUGUUUCCGUUUUUCUUUUGUGCCCACAUGUACUUGGAACUGAGAGAUAUAAUAAUGUAUUUGAAGACACUAAAACUGUUUCUGUGGUCAAUAGUACUUACAUUCCUGAAGGACAGCAUUUGAUGUACUUGGGUGAGCCUGUGCAUCCUUGGCAUUACAACUGCUUCUCAUGCAAGUAAGAUAUUGAUUGUUUUUUUUUUUUUUUCAUAUGUAGAACUUUUAAAUGGAGUGUUGAAAGUAAUCCAGGAUUGCUUCAAAUGGUUUUACUUUACAUCACUUUUUGACUGGUCCAGAAAGUUAUGCCAUCCUCUCGACCAAACAGAUUAUAAAAACUAAAAUAAUUUGUGACCUGGUCCCUUGUGUUUUCCUGGGCUUCAAGCAGUUUUCUUGUAGUUACUUUGUGUUCUUAUCAACCCUUUGGUUUUGGUUUUGUGACAAUCAAUCAGAAAUUCCCCUUUUUGCAUCACUCUAAAGUGACUCUUGUGUUCUCCCUUAUUUUGAGCACGACAAGUAAAGGAAAUUUUCAAACCGAUAGAACAAUCCUUUUACCUGUUGAAUUUUUAAAGCAAUUUUAAGCUGUAGUAAGAGGUGCUACAGAAAGUAAAUUUGACAUGUUACCAACUGAAAAGGAUAACACUGGUGACUUAACAAUGGUGUAACUAAUGACUUUCAAGAUAAUUACUAUAUCAUUUUUUUAAAUUAGUAUUCAAACUUAGAAUUCAAAAGAUGGAAAUUAUUUCUUGAUAAUAGUUUUAAGGAAUGUUCUGCAAGUGAGGAAACACCUUUGAAAAGCUUCUUUUCCCCAUUUUUUUCUUAAUGAUCUUCCCAGCAAAGAGCUGGACCAUCUAUGUCGCAAGCGAGACACAGAGUUGUACUGUUUGAGAUGCCAUGACAAAAUGGGGACACCAAUCUGUGGUGCUUGUAGGUAAGUAUACAUGAAAUGCAAGUCACCUUCAUGUUAAGUUUUCAAUUUGAGUAUAAUAGUCCACCUACAGGUGAAUAUCAAGAAUUAUUAUUUCACGAUAAUGGCAUUUUACCAUAUUAGGGUAUUGGAACAGGCAAAACAUGCUUUAGGAUUACUCUGUGGUACAGGGGAAAAAGACAGCAAGAAAGCACAGUGACAAAAUUGGACCAAUGAACAACUUAAAUGACCCUACAAAUUUCCUUGUCCUUGUAAAUAAGUUAUGAAAAUUUUAUUGUCUGAUCAAGAUAACCCUUGCUUGUAAGUUUGGGUAUUCUCAUCACCUGUUUGCUGGAUAACCAAAUGUAUGGAUAUCAUAUGGCAAAGUUGUAUUUUAAUCACUUCUGAGAGUUAAAGGGUUAACUGUUGAUAUGAAAAUUGUUUCUAAAAUAAUUAUUGGUGACACAUUUUUCAUCUCAGGCGGCCUGUUGAGGAGCGUGUGGUACAUGCCCUUGGAAAAGCAUGGCAUGUUGAGGUAAACAAACUCUUUAAGAUUUUCAGCCAUAUAUAUGACCAAGGGAUCAAAAUUAUUCUUGUUAUAUCACUUGGAUUUCAUAGUAUCCUGUGGUACAUGUAAGAGUGACAUUUGUUUGUUUGUUGGUUAUAGUCCAAUUUAUUCUCUGGAAAAGUAAAGUUUUGAGAGAGGUGAAAUUUGUGGAUGCUAAGUGAGAAUUUUUUUUUUUUACCAAGCAUUUUGUGUGUGCUAAGUGUGAGAAGCCUUUCUAUGGACAUCGUUACUAUGAAAGGAAGGGACUGGCCUACUGUGAAACUCACUACAAUGAGGUGGGUGGAAAAUAAAUUGAUCACUUUUUUUUUUUUUUAAGUUUUUAACUUAAACAUGCAGUUGCCUCACUUGCUCUUGUUUAAUAUAACUGAAUCAUUACAAAGCUCAUUAAUUUUCAACUUGGUAAUACACUCACUAGUUCCAGGAUAGUGUAUUAAUUGAAUAGGUUUAAUCUUUUGACAACCUAAUGAUGUUAUGAGAUUCAGAUAUCUUCAUUUUCCUGUUUCUUUUGCAGCUGUUUGGUGAUGUAUGCUUUGAAUGCAACAAAGCUAUUGUUGGAGAUGGUGAGGAACAAUAGCAAUGGAAAUAAGGAUAACAAUAAUAUUAAUAAUAAUGAAGAUGAUGAUGGGAAAGAUGAUAAUGAUAAUAGAAAUAAUUGCUAUUAUAAUAUUACCAUUAUCAAUAUCAUAAUGAUGUUUUUUUAAUUCAGUCUGAGGCCAACUUCAAUACUUGACAACAGAACCUAUAAUCAAUGACUGUGAAUAUAUGAAAACCAUGUGUGAACUGCAGUUUAAGAAAUGAAUAUCAAAGCAGUAAUGAACACUAUUUAGGCAAUAGUGAAAAUAAGGCCUGAAAAAAAAUUCAGGCCUCUAUGAGGUACAAUGUUUAUAAAGCUUUAGGUUCUGUUGUUAAGUAUUGAAGUUGCCCUCAGACUGAAUCAACCAAAGCAUUAUCCUUCCAGAAAGAGAGAUGAAAUACAUUGAGAUUUGAGGAAUUCUGUUGUAGUGCUAAGGUGAAACUCUCUUGGUAACAGCCAUUUUGCUCUGAAAUUAGGUUGUUGUUACAGCCACCAAAACAAAAUGAUGAACAGCAAAUUUUCAACUUUAACCUUAAGCUUUCACACCCCAGGCAGGGGUCUUGUUUGCAGAUUGAAAAAAUUGUUCUCACGCCAGCUAACACAAACCAACCAAAAUGAACUGUUAGUGACAAUAUGUUUUUGCAGAGUAUUUUAAUUUAAAAUUCAUGUUAGUGAAUUUGUUUCUUUAUUAUGCAGUGGUAAAUGCCCUUCACAAGUGCUGGUGUGUUCAGCAUUUCACUUGCAUUGGAUGCAACAUCUCUUUAAAUCUCAAGUGAGUAAUUGCUGGCUUUUUUUUGCACUACUGGACUAUAAUUGUGUUUCAAGUGCCUUUCUAUCUCAUCACAACUCUCCUUGCUCUGAUCUUGCAUGUGCCACAUCACCUAUUUAAAUUUUAUGAGUUUAAAAGCCGCAAAAAAUCUUAAUUUCAAGAGGGAUGGCAUUGCUUGAAGUUGUCAAUUUUCCACAUGUUCAGAUAAUCCCUUUUUUCUUGGCAGGAGCAAAUUUCAUGAAUUUGACAUGCAGCCACUGUGCAAGAAGUGCUAUGAAAAGAUGCCUCUUGAGCUCAAGAAGAGAUUGAAAAAAGCAGAGCAGACAGCUAGCAGAAAGUAG